GAUUGGAUGUGUUUUUAUGGUAUAAGCUGUUAGCGAUCAGUGGGCUUAACAGUGGACGCGGUGCUCUCGGGACUAAUCCGUGACGUAUGCUAACUAUUAAAUAAUGUAAUCGAUCAAAAUAAACUUUUACUUUGAUUGGAAUGGACAACUGAUUCGACAAUCCGUGCCAAUACCAGCAUAAAGGAAAAAUAGAGACAAUGAAACGUUCAGAAAUAAUUCUGUUAUGGAUCCUGUGUGUAAUCACAAGGUUUGUAGCGGGACAAUCGGGAACAGAUAUGAAAAAUUUGUAUACUUACCUGUUUACAACACUCGGGUACAACAAGGAUAUACGACCGAAACAGAAUCAAAACGAGGUUAUCUCAGUGUCUGUGGAACUUCUGCUGACUGGCCUUCAUGGACUAGAUGAGACCAAGCAACAAAUGACAUCCGUUGGGGUUCUAACUAUCAAAUGGAGAGACGAUUAUUUGUCUUGGACCCCCUCAUCUUACGGGGGAGCGACAUAUAUUGACGUUCCUCAGGGACUGGUGUGGAAGCCGGAUUUACAAGUGCAAAAUGGUUUAACGGACUUUGCAGAAUUGGGCGGAAGUUUCAUGAAUUUACGCGUGUCCAAUGCAGGGGACGUGACGUGGAUGCCUUAUAAAGUGUUUGAUACAAAGUGUAAAAUCGAUACGACAUUCUUCCCAUUUGAUCAACAGGAAUGUUCUAUCAAGCUAGUAGCGUGGAAUAGUGAUGCCUCAACAGUAAACAUUACAAAAGGAACAAAUGCGAUGCAAAUAGAUGGAGAUUUUAGUAAUGGUCAAUGGACCAUGUCCAGUCCAACUGCUGACGUCAUAAUAGAUGACAAUGACUCUGUAAUAAUUCUUAAAGUAAAGUUAGAUAGAAAACCAAAAAUUUAUGUGCUCAAUAUCAUAAUUCCCAUGUUAUUUCUGAUAAUUCUAGACGUGUUCACAUUUACUCUUCCUAACGACAGUGGGGAGAAAAUGUCAUACUCAGUUACCGUCUUCUUAUCAAUAUCUAUAUUUAUGACGAUAAUAGCCAAUCUUCUACCGCCUACGUCACAUUCGACGUCAUAUUUAGAAAUUUACAUUUUGCUAGAUGUGGCAUUAGGAACAUUGAUACUCGUUAUAACGGCGAUUUCCUUAAGGAUUCACAAUUGGACCAAAGACAGAGAAAUACCUUCCUGGGUUAAAAUGUUGACGAUAUUGUCAUGGAGGUUACAGUGUCGACCUGCUAUCCAUUCCAUUGAUCAUGAUGAGAAUACUGUGAGUCAGAUUGACGUCACUAGUUAUAAUGAAGUAGAGAUGAACGUUAAAGAAGAGAAGGAUGUGAAACAACAUAAUGAAAACAGCGGCGAGACUGUACUGUGGACGGAUGUGACGUCAGCCAUUGACUUUUACAUGUUUUUCCUAUUUUUAUUUAUAAUUCUAUUGUCCACAGCUAUUUGUUUUGGACUCUCCUCCUCCGCGUGAGAACUUGAGAAUUAGAAAUUACUAAUAGCGAGCGAAGCUCGCGUCGCGACGAGCUCGCUCCAAUGAUUACACAUAUGAGUCACGUGAUUUGCUCUUCUUCAGCCGAAAAAAGAUGAGUAUUACCCAUAAUGCUUCUGCAAAAAUGUCGCCGUCACUGCGGUAUACUUCAUUGACGAACCCGUAAUCAAAAUAAUUAGAUUGUUUAGAAAGUACCAUAAACGUUUUUAAAUUCCAGACAAGCUUUCUCAUAGCUUAAACAAUUUUGUUUUUGCUUGGUUUGAGAGAAGAAGAAAAAACAUUGCAGCUAAUGUGACGUCACAAUUUGUAACUGUUUACACCAAGCGCGUUAUAUUUCCCGCGUUAAAUGAAGAGGCGGAUAAAAGUCGUGUUGCAAGAUGUUCAUGGGCUUCGCUCGUCUCAACGGUCACACCGUACAACAUAUUAGCAAGCGACGCGACGAGCUCGCUCCAAUGAUUACACAAUUGAGUGACGUGGUUUGCUCUUCAUCAGCCGAAAAAUGAUGGGGACUACCCAUAAUGCCUCCGGAAAAAUGUCGCCGUCACUGCGGUAUACUUCAUUGACAGUCCCGUAAUUAAAAUAAUUAGAUUGUUUAGAAAGUACCAUAAACGUUUUUAAAUUCCAGACAAGCUUUUUCAUAGCUUCAAAGGUUUUGUUUUUGCUUGGUUUGAGAGAAGAAGAAAAAACAUUGCAGCUAAUGUGACGUCACAAUUUGUAACGGUUUACAUCAAACGCGUUAUAUUUCCCGCGUUAAAUGAAGAGGCGGAUAAAAGUCGUGUUGCAAGAUGUUAAUAAACUUCGCUCGUCUCAACGGUCACACCGUACAACAUAUUCUGAUUAAACUGUUUAGAAUACUUUCACAUUUACAUUUGAUCGAAUAUAGCAGCAUUUCAUUUAUGAUGCUACGUGCUUUUAACGCUUCAAAGUAUUUUUGUCGGCAACUAAUGUAUAAGAUGUCCAUUAUCGCCAUCAAUUAAUUUAAACAAUAUUUAUUUUGUAUGAUUACAUAUUUGAUUUCGCAACAUGUGCAAAUAGAAGACCUCUCUCGAUAAUCAAUGAUGUUCAAUGGUUACCUGUGUUAUCAGUAUUUCUCAUCUUAGAUUUAAUUUACAAUCAAUAUUAACAAUCAACUAAAUCAACACAUUUAUAAUUUUAGUGGAAUUUCCGAUAUUUGCCAAUAAACAUAAAUUGAAAAAAGUCAA